UUGUGCGCUCCAUUUUGUUAAAAGUAGUGGUCUAAGCGUGUGGUUGUGUCCGUGUUCAACGACACACAACCACCCAAAAAAAAGUGAAAUAAUUUACUUAAAAAUACAAAAAAAAUAUAAAAAAUCCCAUAAAAGCAACCAAAAAAAUCGAAAAAACAGUGGAAAAUCCAAAAUAAGCGAUAUUUUAAUUUCGUUUUGUAUGUUCCGGGAGCGUUAGUUCGUCUGUGUAUUUGCCUUGAUUUUUAGCAAACGGGAAUUAAGCACGUGCUAGUGUGAUUUUCGUAAAGAUUAGCAACAAAAAUGAAUCAAGGGGCACCAAAUUACCCCAUGGCGUCGUUGUACGUCGGGGAUUUACAUUCUGAUAUUACCGAGGCCUUGCUUUUUGAGAAAUUUUCCACUGCUGGUCCCGUACUUUCAAUCCGAGUAUGCAGAGAUUUGAUAACCCGAAGAUCUCUUGGAUAUGCAUACGUAAAUUUUCAGCAGCCCGCCGAUGCUGAGAGGGCUCUAGAUACUAUGAAUUUUGACUUGAUCAAAGGGAGACCCAUCAGGAUUAUGUGGUCCCAACGUGAUCCUUCCUUGAGAAAAUCUGGCGUGGGAAAUGUAUUUAUUAAAAACUUGGAUCGGUCCAUUGACAAUAAGGCUAUGUACGACACCUUUUCUGCAUUUGGUAAUAUUCUUAGUUGCAAAGUAGCUCAAGAUGAAAAUGGGGCAAGCAAGGGCUAUGGUUUUGUCCAUUUUGAAACUGAAGAAGCUGCUAAUAAGUCCAUAGAAAAGGUUAACGGCAUGUUGUUGAAUGGAAAAAAAGUUUACGUUGGACGUUUCAUUCCCCGUAAAGAAAGAGAAAAGGAACUUGGAGAAAAAGCCAAACUCUUUACUAAUGUCUAUGUAAAGAAUUUUGGAGAAGACUUAUCUGAAGAACAAUUGCGCAACAUGUUUGAGAAGUUUGGAAAAAUUACUAGUUACAAGAUCAUGAGCAAAGAUGAUGGGAAAUCUAAGGGAUUUGGAUUUGUUGCAUUUGAGAGCCCUGAAGCAGCAGAAGCGGCUGUGGAAAAUUUGAAUGGUAAGGAAAUGGUAGAAGGAAAAUCUCUUUAUGUAGGCCGCGCUCAAAAGAAGGCUGAACGUCAACAAGAACUGAAGCGUCGCUUUGAAGCACUGAAAAUAGAAAGAUUGAACCGUUACCAAGGAGUCAAUCUCUAUGUCAAAAACUUGGAUGACACUAUCGACGAUGAACGUCUACGCAAGGAGUUUUCUCCAUUUGGAACGAUCACUUCCGCCAAGGUGAUGAUGGAGGAGGGUCGUAGCAAAGGAUUUGGAUUUGUUUGUUUUUCUUCCCCCGAAGAGGCCACUAAGGCAGUCACGGAAAUGAACGGCCGCAUCGUCGGUUCCAAGCCACUUUACGUCGCCUUAGCUCAGAGGAAGGAGGACAGGAAGGCUCACUUAACCUCUCAGUACAUGCAGCGUAUGGCAAACAUGCGUAUGCACCAAAUGGGGCCGUUCAUCCAGCCUGGAGGCUCUAGUUACUUCGUUCCGACACUGCCGGCCCAGAGAUUCUAUGGUGCGGCCCAGAUACCCCAAAUGAGGACCAGUCCCAGAUGGCCGGCCCAAAACCCCGUCAGACCAGGAGGUCAAGCGGGACCAACAGCUUAUGCCAAUAUGCCCACCACUUACCGAGCCACAGCACGACCACCCAAUCAAACCGCGGCCAUGCGUAGUAACAUCAACGUUCCCAGGCCCAUCACUGGCCAACAGCCACCCAACAUCCAAGGACGCCCAUUGGCUGGUCAAAGCGUGGUCGCUGCCGGUGGAAGUCGCACGCCCAACUUCAAAUACACGUCUAACAUGCGCAACCCGCCGCCUUCCAUGGGCACCAUGCCUGCCGCACCAGUGCAACAAGCGGUCCACAUCCAGGGGCAGGAACCACUCACUGCUACUAUGCUGGCUGCCGCUCCCCCACCGGACCAGAAACAGAUGCUGGGAGAACGUUUGUUCCCUCUUAUCCAACGCAUGUAUCCAGACUUGGCCGGUAAGAUUACGGGAAUGUUGUUGGAGAUUGACAACACUGAGUUGCUGCACAUGUUGGAACACAACGAGUCGCUCAAGAAUAAGGUCGAAGAAGCAGUGGCUGUAUUGCAGGCCCAUCAAGCCAAACAGGCUGCAACUCAGAUCAAAAAAGAUUAAUUCAUUUUUUUAAUAUUUGUUUUGGUUUGGGAGAAAUAAAUGUAAUAUCAAUAA